GUCCAUCUGCCAGAGUGCCACCGUCGACUCUGCUCACCUCUAUCUCUGCGGCGUACGCGUCCUUGUUCGCCCCGUCCGCCCGUCCCGUACACCCUCCCUGUAUACCUCCAGAGCGCACCAGCUGUGGACGCGUGUCACUCGUAGGGCUCAUGACGAAGAAGGCGGCAACCAGGAGGAGAGGGUCCAUCGACGUAGUUGACGCAAAGGUUGCACUAGAUCUCGCAACGAGGCAGAACUACUCGGAGAAUGUGUUCCUCUUCGUCCCCAACCUUAUAGGCUACUCGCGGAUUAUCCUGGCCGGAGUAGCGCUCUACUUCAUGAGCUACCACCCCAAGUAUUGUACCAUCGCGUACUGUGUAUCGUGCCUGCUCGACGCUGCGGAUGGUCAUGCAGCGCGCGCAUUCAACCAGACCUCCAAGUUCGGGGCGGUGUUGGAUAUGGUCACUGAUCGGUGCACGACAUCGUCGCUAUUGUGCUAUCUGUCCUCGGUGUACCCGGAAUACGUCAUGGCGAUCCAGUUCCUCAUCACCCUCGACUUCAGUAGCCAUUACAUGCACAUGUACAGCUCGCUCCUCACCGGUUCGCGGAGCCAUAAACAGAUCACCAGCGACGUCAGUAAAUUCCUCAAGUUCUACUACGACUCGAGGACACUCUUCGUAAUGUGCGCCGGGAACGAGCUCUUCUUCGUCGGCUGCCAUGACCUGGUUUGCGCGCCCAUCUGUGCUACCAAGAAUAUUGUGAACGUCGUGCAGCUGUGGAAGGCAUCCAAGAUCCUGGUCGGCGUUGACCUCGCGGAGCGGGCCAAGGCGAGAGAGGAGGAGUUCAGAAGCCGAAGAAGACAUGAGCGGGCGACGAAGGACAGAGUCGGACAGAGUCUUCUACCACAUCAUUAUCGUACAUGAAAGCUGUGUACUGUACAGACUGUUUCUCUAAUGUCGCGAGGGUUUCUGGGCCUCCAGUCAAUCGUUGCGCGACGUGCGUCGG